CUUUCCACACCUCCCUCAGUGACCCGCAAGAAGCAGUGUCCUCCUCCGCAGGCCGAAGCCCCUUUUAAAAGUACCCCUCACAACCCCCCACCUGGACCCCCGCGGCCGACACAACCCGUGAGACCCCCUCCCCCCUCCUUCCUCUUCAAAAUGGAGGACGGCUACCAGAACCGGACUGCCUUCAUCAAAGGUGCCAAAGACAUCGCCAAAGAGGUGAAGCGGCAGGCCAGCAAGAAGGUGGGCCGCGGCGUGGACCGCGUGACCGACGAGUACAGCAGUCGCUCCUACAGCCGCUUCGAGGAGGACGACGACUACCCCCCCAGCGUGGCCGGCGGCGGCGCCUCACAAGAUGGCGGCGGCGGCGGCUAUUACCGCGGCGACAGCCAGGCGGGCGGCGCGGACGAGGAGGACGGCGGCGGUCACAGCGACUCCACCGAGGGCCACGACGAAGACGACGAGAUCUACGAGGGCGAGUACCAGGGCAUCCCCAGGGCCGAGUCCGGGGUCAAGGAGGGCCUGGCGGGGGGGCCCAGCUCGGUGGGGGGCGCCGGCGGGGCGCAGGGGUUCGGGGACGCGACGGGGGCGGUGGCGGCCGAGGCGGAGCGGAGGAAGGACCAGGAGGAGCUGGCGCAGCAGUACGAGACCAUCCUGCAGGAGUGCGGCCACGGGAAGUUCCAGUGGACGCUGUACUUUGUGCUGGGGCUGGCGCUGAUGGCGGACGGCGUGGAGAUCUUCGUGGUGGGCUUCGUGCUGCCCAGCGCCGAGAAGGACAUGUGUCUGUCCGAGCCCAACAAGAGCAUGCUGGGCCUGAUUGUGUAUCUGGGCAUGAUGGUGGGAGCGUUCCUGUGGGGGGCCCUGGCGGACCGGAUCGGCCGUCGGCAGUCGCUCCUCAUCUCCCUCUCCAUCAACAGUGUCUUCUCCUUCUUCUCGUCCUUCGUCCAGGGCUACAGCACCUUCCUCUUCUGUCGCCUGCUGUCCGGCGUUGGGAUCGGAGGGUCUAUUCCAAUCGUGUUUUCCUACUACUCCGAGUUCCUGGCCCAGGAGAAGCGAGGAGAGCACCUCAGCUGGCUCUGCAUGUUCUGGAUGAUCGGAGGGAUCUAUGCGUCUGCCAUGGCCUGGGCCAUCAUCCCUCACUACGGAUGGAGUUUCCAGAUGGGAUCGGCGUACCAGUUCCACAGCUGGCGUGUCUUCGUCCUCGUCUGCGCCCUCCCCUCCGUGGCCGCCAUCAUCGCCCUCAGCGCCAUGCCCGAGAGCCCCCGCUUCUAUCUGGAGAACGGGAAGCAUGACGAGGGAUGGAUGAUCCUGAAGCAGGUGCACGACACCAACAUGAGGGCCAAGGGCUUCCCGGAGAAAGUGUUUUCCGUGACCACCAUCAAGACGGUGAAGCAGAUGGACGAGCUGGUGGACACGGGCACGGACACGCCUGUCUGGCGGCGAUACAAGCUGAAGAUCAUGAGCCUUGCCCAGCAGAUAAAGAACAACUUCCUGGCCUGCUUCAACCCUGAGUACAAGAGGACCACCUUCAUGCUGAUGGCCGUUUGGUUCACCAUGUCCUUCAGCUACUACGGGCUGACAGUGUGGUUCCCAGACAUGAUCAAGUACAUCGAGAAGCAGGAGUACGAGUCCAAAACCAAGACCUUCACCAAGGAGCGCGUGGAGCACGUCACCUUCAACUUCACGCUGGAGAACCAGGUCCACCGCGAAGGACAGUACUUCAAUGACAAGUUCCUGAACCUCAAGAUGAAGUCCAUGGUCUUUGAAGACUCUAUAUUUGAGGAGUGCUACUUUGAAGACAUCACCUCCACCAACACCUUCUUCAGAAACUGCACCUUCAUUGCCACCCUGUUCUAUAACACAGAUCUUUUCAAGUAUAGGUUUGUGAACAGCAAGCUCGUGAACAGCACCUUCCUGCACAACAAAGAAGGCUGCAUGCUGGACUUCAGCGACGACAACAACGCAUACAUGAUCUACUUCGUUAGCUUCCUCGGAUCCUUAGCGGUGUUGCCUGGCAACAUCGUGUCAGCACUACUAAUGGACAAAAUCGGACGCCUUCGAAUGCUAGCGGGUUCCAGCGUGAUAUCGUGCGUCAGCUGCUUCUUCCUGAUGUUCGGCAGCAACGAGUCGGGGAUGAUCGCCCUCUUGUGUCUGUUCGGGGGCAUUAGCAUUGCCUCCUGGAACGCCCUGGACGUGCUCACCGUGGAGCUCUACCCGUCAGACAAAAGGACCACUGCGUUUGGGUUCCUGAACGCCCUGUGUAAGCUGGCCGCUGUUCUCGGCAUUAGCAUUUUCCAGUCGUUCGUCGGCAUCACCAAAGCCGUGCCCAUCCUGUUUGCCGCGGGCGCUCUCGCCGCAGGUAGUUUCCUCGCCACGAAGUUGCCCGAGACGCAGGGUCGAGUGCUGCAGUAGCAGAGAGGAUCCACUAGAGGGAAGCAUAGUAGCCCUUGUAAUAACAUAACGGGCGGAACCAGGACCUGAGGACUCAAAUAUACUGCCCAAUACACACUAAAUAUCCACUGAACACGCUGCCAUUUCUCAAUGUAAGAGAACACAAUGCGUUAUUAUUCAACCAGUGGCAAUUUUUCAGAAAAUAUGCAGAAGCAGGGAAUGUGUUAACUCCUUUUUUUGUGUAGCUUGACAUUAUAAUGCACAUAAUAACAAAUAAGGGUAAAGAUAAUAAUUAAUCACCAAACUUUUUUCCGUUGAAAGAUGAUAUAAUAAUUGCCACUAUUACAACACCAAGUAUGCCCUUCUAUUCUGCCUUUGUGGCCCAAAAGUGUAUUUACCACAUCCUUACUCACUUUUAACACUGCCAAUACACCUUUUGUUACAAGGUUACACAAAAUCCUUCACCUAAUUUGAACAUGGAUGUUUGCUAUAAUCUGGGACACUCAAGCAACAACAAUAACAAUAGAGUUUAAUAACCAAGGAUUUUAUUUUAAAUGUUUGUUGUAUAGAUAGAGCUGCUCUAUUGUGAAACACAUUCCCAGAUGUACAUGGUCUCUAUUGUACUUGGAAUGGUUUCUCCUGCCGUUGUUGAACCACUAGAACACAGAAAAGCAGUGAAAAACUGUUCAUGUCUUGUACCAAAUGGAUUUUGGCCAAAAUGUGACAUGCAUUUGGUCAAAAUAUUAGGUGUGUGUGUUAGUGUGUAUGUGUGUGCGUGAGAGAGAGAUAUAAAUGGUUUAAGAUAUAAUUAUAUCUAUUUUUUUGUUCUCAUGCUAAUCCUAGUUUAUUGCGGCACAAAACAAAUAUGCAGAAUACGAUAAUGUAGCUUCGCAACGCCAGUGAAUUUAAACACAAAUCAUACAAAGGACCAACUAACGUUUUCUUAUAUAUCCCCCCCUGAGCUACAUUGGGCAUCUGCAAAAACCCAAUGGACCGAAACAAAUGAUUAAUUUCAAGGGCUUCCUUUAAAUUUCAUCUGUCCCAUGGGCACACUAUAUCAAACCCAUCACCUACUGAGGUCUUAAGUAGUAUACAAGUGGUGUGUACAACACACUCCAUAAAUAUAAUUUCAUAGAAUAUUUAUUCCAGAUGGUGACUAUUGAUGGACGAAAGUGAAGAUGGUCAUCAGUAAGUUAGGAUGUCUAAAUAUUUAUUUUGCAGUCUAAUUCACCCGUGUGUGUGGGGUGACAAUCACCAAGAGAGCUGUUAAAAUGCUCCAAUAGAUGAACGUCAUGAUUUGAGUGUGUGUGUGUGUAAGUCUGAGUGAAAAGAACAAAAACUCUAUUGCUGUACAAUAUCGGUUGUGUGUGUGGUUGUGUACGCAUGUAUGUGUGUAUUAGUCCUAGAAUUACUUAACUUGUCCUAUGUAUGUUGAGAUAUGUUCGGGUGACCGCUUACAGAGUGCUGUUGCUCGAAUGCGAAUGGGUGUGAACUUAAACAUAUUUUUCUACUUUGUGGUAUUCCCAUCCCUGAGAUGGAAAUACUGACUAAGUUUUAGGGACCACCAAACAAACCGUUUUAUCAUGUGAUAAACCGUACACAGAGAAAAUAAUACAUGCAGUGCAGACGUCAACGUGUUGUCUUACAGUUAGAGCUGGUGGCUCAGAACUCUUUGGGUGAUCAGAAGCCCUGAUCCUAAUGACCGAUCGUAAAGCAUGUUUGUGUCGUAUCGUCUGUCCUCGGAUCUACUGUAUGCCAGAUUGUUCAUUUAUUUGUUACCUUACUUUCUUUUUUCAUUUUUUCGUCUGAAGCAAGAACUAGUCUUCUUCCUUUGCCGUCGUGAGAUGACCUGUAUGUUGCUUGCUGUGUUUACUCUCGAUAAGUGAGGUCCAGUCGGUGUGCAGUUUAUUUUGAAAGGGUCUGGUGGUGACCGUGGUUCCGGUAUGACCUUUGACCCCGGGAAGCACUCUGUUACGUCAAGGAUGCAGUAAUACGUAAUCAUAAAAAGCACAUUGUCCAAAAUAACCUUAAGGAAACACGAAAAAGGGGAGCCAAUGAGAUGCCAUGGAAUGGAAAGACGGAAGUGCACAAAGGCAAUGUUGUAGGAAUGGCAUCACUGUUGUAUGAGAUGGAAGGCUGUACCCACUGUCUGGACCCUUGCUCUCCGCUUAGCAAGUCACCAGGUAAACCAAAAGUGAAGUCAUUAACUCAAAAUGAAUGCCCUCCGUCUAUUGAAACUUGUCUUAAAAAUGUAAAAGUUUUGUAUUCAACGUUAAUCAUGUGCUGGAUUUUAUGUAUUUUUUAAUUUUAAUUUUCAAAUGAGUGGGAUUCUAGUACGAAACACUAGAAAUACAAUUUAGAGUUUGGUCUGAGUACCCAGAAUAGCAUGGAAACUGUGUUGACGAAUGUUUUCGGCUUUGGCCAAGUGGAACAGGUUGAUUGAGUAAUUAUCUUGGUCCUCAACCUAAAGUGAUGAGAAUUAAAAAUAAUACGUUGGGAUGAAGUAGGGACUUAAUCAAGCUGAGAAACUGGCCGAUCAAACCUGUUUCACAAUGAUUCUACUCUUCAAAUUUGAGUUUGAAAUCAAUGUACCAUGUGUAGAAACCUAGAUGUUUGUACGUGAAAAUAUCAAGUCGUGGAACAAAUGACCAAGGAACCGUAAAAAAAAAAAAAAACUACCAGUGACACAAUUUAAAUGUCGUCUUUGUUGUUUUGUAAACAAGAGUUCAAAAUGUUAGUAAAACUAUGGUAAAAUUCUGGAUAUUGAGAAUAUUUUAGUGAUGAAAAGGUGCUGUAUUUAUUUUGUGAGAAUUGUCGAUUAUGCUGGGUCUAGCAAUCUAGCCAGUUCUGAGAAAAUAAAAAUCUAUAAAAAAAAUUAAA